UCGGGCGGCGGAUCCGCCGCUUGUGGGACCUUCGCUCGCCGCCUCCGGAGAUGCUCUGAGCGCAGCUUUUGCAGGGCCCCAAGUUUGGUAGCGUUGGAGUCGGGGAGGCGGCGGAAGACGGCAGCAUGGCUAGUGGUCCCGGUAGCAGUCGCCUGGUGCAGAGGCAGGCGGCAGGGAAGCCUCAGCGGAAGAGGCCGCGGAGCGUGGUGGCCUGGCAAAGCAAGGCUGAAUGGGACCAAGUCAUGGUGGGGCUGUAUUGCGGGGACCGCCAGAUGCAGCGGGACGCGCUGGACCGAGUGUCUGCUUGGAAGAGCAGGUAUGGACACAGGAUGCCGUUAGCUGUGGAAUGCACUGCGGAUCUUGUUCGUUGUAAAAUCCUCGAUGCUGCUGGUGAUUUGAAAUCUCAUGAACUGGUCCUCACGUAUGGUCUGGCUCUUGUGAGGUUUGUGAAUCUCAUCACAGAGCGGAAGCAGAAAAGGGUCAUCACUUCACUGAGAUGGCUAGCUAAAGAGCUUGACAUCCCAGUCUGGAUCGUGGACCUCCGCCACGAAUUGACCCACGGCAAACUCCCCCCACUGGUUGCUUGCCAAAAAGGCUGCGAUGCCGUCCUGGAGUGGCUCCGGCGCACGUACUGGAGCCGGCAGUUUUGCAACGACCAAGCUGAAGAUGGCGAAGAGGAAGAAUCGUCAGUAACGGAGACCGAGACAGACAGCAGUCGGGAGGAGCUUGAGGAAUCGCCGUCACCAGGCUGCCGGAAACACCGAGAGCUCCAUAAUAAAGUCACAGAUGUCCUGGUUUCCUACAAAAAACAACAGUUUGAGGUUCUCCAGCAGCUACAGGACAUUGACCAGGCCUGUGAAGCCUGGUGCAGCUCUUCUUCGGAGGCGGAGUGGGUGGUAGCCCAGAUGAAAGACUUCUUGCAAGAGAACAGGGAGGUUGUGGCCAGAGCCUUUUUAGAAGAUGGCUUUCUCAUCCCAACCACAGAAGAACUGCAGAUCUUGAAUAUCAACUCACAAGAAACCAAAGAGUGGGAUUUUCAAAUCCCUUGGGCAUUUCUCCGCUUAUGGCAGCCCCUGUUGAAGGGCCUGCAUUCCAAAGACUUCACGCAGACUCUGCUAGAAAAAAUGUUCAGUGAGCUGAAAAAACACGCCCGGAAUUCGGCGCUGCGAUCACAGUACCUCAUCAAGUGGAUUGCAAAAAUUCUGAAGACCAACAUGCAGGCCAAGAAAAAGUUGAAGCAGAGGAACCGAAACACACGUUCCCUGGGGCUGUUUCUCCGGCGUGUUCCGUUGCAGUGGCUAAAGCUCCUGGAAGGUUGCCUAGAAGCGGCUUGCUGGGCGAGUCCUCACCUCCUGCACCUGAUCCUCUCGGGCAUGGAGCCGCCUUUGCCGCCCGAGUCCCAGGAAAAACUUCUCUACCUCACCUCCAUCUACACCCAAGAAGACGGCUCCCUCCCCAGCCCGGGCUCAGCCUCGAACCUUCGCAAGCAGCCCAUUUACACGGUGGAGAACUUGCAGUGGAAAGCGAAGCACAGCGGCGUGGCCCGGGGACUUCCCCAGAGGGCAGGGAAGCGAACGAUGCCGCUGGGAGAUCUCGAGGAGGAGGAGGAGGAGGAGGAGGAGGAGGAGGAGGAGGAGGAGAUGGAAACUCAGCCAGCACCUCUACAAGAAACAUUCCUCCCUGAGAGCUCCGCAGCUCUGGCGGAAAAAAGGGUGGCGCUGCAGGGGUCCAUCUGGCAGGUCAGCUCAGAUGGGGUGAAUUGGAAAAACUUUCCUCUGGGGAGGCUGCCUGGCCAGACCGAUGAUCCCAACGGCCUGCUGGUGGAUAACUACUCCAUGAUGUCAGCGCUGGACCAGCUGGUGGAUCGAGACACUAAGAGUUCCCCCAGCACUGUCUCUUCAGAAUGGGGCGGCUCUGUUGCCGAGGGAUUAUUAUGGACCCAGAGCGAGCUCCAUAAGCUGAAAAGUGGCCUUCAACUUUUCUAAAAGUGGAUUUUGUAUUGAUGGUGCACAGGAAUACGUGGUGUGACACAUGCUUCCCUAAUACCAGGGGAAAACAGAAGACUAUGUCUGGCCUCUUAAAAAAUUUUUUGGGGGGAGUGCACCUCAUUCACCUCAGUGCAGAUACUUUUUCUGUAGAUUUAAGGAGGGUGGGGCGAAUGUGUACACUUAUUGGCUGUGCUAGUGGAUAAUAUGUACAACAGAACCACCCACUGUUUAAAUUUGUUGAUAAACAAUCUUUUGAUAUUC